AUGCCACUCAUUGCGAGCGUCAGCCUGAGCAUCAUCAUGCAUAUCGUGUGGAAGUUUAGUAAGCUCUUGAGUACCGAAAGAAAGCAAAGCGCACAAGCUGGCAGAUGGCACACAGAAACACCCAAGGCCCACCGGCUAACAAUGCGCGCGGCUUGCCGUCUGCCUGUCAUAGUCAUACCAACUAACUACACAGGCGCCCUCACUCUCCCUGCCCACGACGACGCGCAACGCACUUCCCAAGCCUACGCCCUUCAGGCAUUCUCUCCCUGCCCGCGCCCACGACGACUCCGCUGCCAGCGGCAAGCGGACAAGCACAAACCGGACCCGUAG